AUGAAGAUGUUCAUUGCUACCAGCCUGGCCCUGCUGGCCCUCCCGGCGUCAGCAGGAGAACUGAUCGGAGGUACGAAUACCUAUAUCUCCGAAGCCCGGACCUGGAAGACCGGCGAGUAUGCCGGCUAUUACGUUUACGACAGCAAGGGUACGACAGUCUGGGAGAAAGGACCGCUUCCGGAUGGUGCCGUCGAAUGCCAUGGUGCCGGCUUCUGGACGCCCAAGGAGAUUCUGGGAGACGGCAUCUGCAUCUUUGGCACGUCUCCUGAUCGGUGGACAGUCGCCCAUGAGUUGACACCCGGCAGCAAUCUGUGGAACGCGCAGGACAAGAACCCCUUUCACAGGCAGGGUGUCUGGCACGUGGUCCAUGGUACUGGCCGCUAUGUCGGCAUGACGGGUGAAGGGACAUAUGUCAGCAACGAACUCUCCGACGGCCGCAAGACCACAUGGUUCGAGGGCGACGUCGAGUUUGCCAAUUAA